GCUUCAGUGUGAGUGAGCAGGAAGUGGUCGUGUUGUGGUGUCUGAGCUGAGUCUCUGAGCUGUUGGAGUAACAAUGCCUUCAGUUCAGUAUCUGAGAGAGUUUAUCAACGAGCGGCUAACUGCUGCUGCUGAAGAAAUAUUCACAGAGUUUGAAAAAACGAUCGUCCAGUACGAGGAAGAGAUCGACCGUCAGCGCAGACUGCUGGAUAUCACCUGGAAACCUGAGAUAAAGCUGCACAGGACAGAGGAACAUGUCGGUGAGGAGGUGGAGGAGGAGGUUCUCACUGAGCAGCAGCUCUGUAACCAGGAGAAGAGCUCCAGUCUGGAACCGGAGGAACCAGAACCUCAACAGAUAAAAGAGGAACAGGAGGAACUCUGCAGCAGUCAGGAGGGACAGCAGCUUGUACCAAAGGAGGAGACCGAUACCUUUAUGGUGACUGCUGCUGCUUAUGAGGAAAGAGACCACAGUGAACCAGAACCAGACAGGGAGCAGCUCCUGUCUCACAGCUCUGCUGGAGCUGAGAGCCAAAAUCAGGAAGGAAGCAAGUUUGAAGAUCCAGGAUCAACCAGAAAUACAGAGUCAAAGUUAAAAAGACAUCAUAAAAACAGAGGUUACAGUAACAAUGCAGAAGACUCUCCCAUGUCAGAGAGUCACUGUAACACUGACACUGGUAAAAAUUCCAUAAAAUGUGAUGUUUGUGGAAAGGUCUUUAAGAAAAAGUCCCAAAUGAAUGAACAUCACAGAGUCCACACAGGUGAGAAACCAUAUUCAUGCCAGACAUGUGGGAAAACUUUUACUCGAAGGCGUAGUUUGUUGGUUCAUAUAAGAAUCCACACAGGUGAGAAGCCGUAUUCUUGCCAAGUUUGUGGGAAAUGUUUUACGGAAAGGAACAGUUUGUUGGUCCACAUGCGAGUCCACACAGGUGAGAAGCCGUAUUCUUGUAAAACAUGUGGUAAAAAUUUUACCCAAAGAAGUAAUUUGUUGGUCCACAUGCGAGUCCACACAGGUCAGAAGCCGUAUUAUUGUAAAACAUGUGGUAAAAGUUUCCUGGGCAGCGAGCAGUUGACAGUUCACUUGAAAAACCAUGCAGCUGAGAAGCCGUAUCACUGUAAAACCUGCGGGAAAAUGUUCCGAAGUCAUUGUCAUUUGUUGGUUCACAUGAGGGUUCACACAGGUGAGAAGCCCUAUCUUUGUAAAACAUGUGGGAAACGUUUUACUCAGAGGGGAAACUUGUUGGUCCAUAUGAGGACCCACACAGGUGAGAAGUCGUAGUAGAGUGAAAAACUGGUAGAGAAAAACUAUCAGCGACUCCAAGCUCAAAAAAAAACAUCCAAGAACACCUGAAGCUUCAGAGUAAAGCUUUUGGAUUUAAGUCACCUUUAGACUGAUUCAGCUCCAAGCAUUUCAGUGUAUUACAUGUCACAAUGUAAGACACAUUCAUCUCUGUUUUCCAUUCUGUCAGACUGGAUGUGUUGAAGCGUUUGUGUUUUUCAGUGAAAACAUGGUUAAUUUCUCAGAAAUGUGUUGCAGUUAUGAUUUUUUUUUUUUUUUAAACCCGUCACUUUAAAAGGCUCUGAGGUGAAUAUUAAUUUAAUUUUUGCUCUGUAACAUUAGAUGUGCGGCACUUACUUUAAACACUGGGAUUACUG